CUCAACGGGGGAAUGUGUGUGGAGGCUUUUAGGGGUGCGGGGUAACUCCCCAACUCCGUGGGGGCCCUGGUAGGCUCUGCCGCCGUGUCCGAGAUCUUCUGAUGACUCGCUGCGCGCGGCGCGGGGCCGGCGACUUGGGGCUGCGGGGCGCGGAGUACCUUGACCUGGGGGGUCCCCGAAGCCGGGAGCCAGGUCGCCUAGUCUCGGGCCUUCUUGACCCCCGGGGCGAGGCCUAAACCGGUUCGAGAGCGAUCUGGAUGCUGGAGGAGUCCAGCCCUCCCGGGACGCUCUCGCGGUCGCGGGGACUCGUCUGGGGCGGCGGUGGCUGAGCCGGAAUACGGCGCCGCCACCGCCGGCGUCCCGUGCGCUCGCUACCCGCCCGGGGACCGGCCGCCUAACUUCUUCCCGGGACGGACACAGCGCUCGCAUCCCGGGCAGAGGUGGAAGCUCGCUGAUCCGGAUCCGGCGAGGGCACCGCUCUCGGCGGCGGCGGCGGCGGCGGCGGCGGCGGCGAGGGAACAAGUCUCGGGCAGUCAACCUAGGGCACCGAGCCCCCACCCAGGACCCAGCGGGCCCCAGCGGGCGCCGAGAGAGAUGCGCGUCUCGGGCAGAGGUCGCCUCCUCCGUUUUCGCGACCCUGGAGGGACCCUCUGCCCUGUAAACUCCCACCUGGGACCGCGGCUCCGGCAGGUCAAGACCCCGAGUGGAAAGCAGGCCAGAGGCCUGAAGGUAGACCCUUUUUUCUUUCUCCCAGCCAGGCGAUGUGCCUGCGGCCUGGGGCGGCGGCGUGGGGUGCUGCAGAGCCCGGGAACUUCCCACCCAGAGGAAAGGCCGCUUCAUCACGGUCCCCGCUCUUCUCAGCGCCCCCAGGCACUGCCCAUCAGCACCGUGGGUAGGGGUGUUCAGAAAAUCAGAAAGCCAGUGCCAGCGCCCCAGGCCACAGGGACGCCGCCUGGCUGGGAGGGCCUUGGGCGCCUCCUGGGAAGUGGUGGCAGCCGCGGCGGUGUGUGGGGAGGGGAGUGGCCUGGAGCACAGGUAAGUCUGGUCCCUCUGGAGCCUCUGCGGGCCACCCAGGGAGACCACCGACCCACAGGGCCCUCCAGCCCCAGGGAGGCUCAGGUGAGCAGCGCUUGUUCUCAGGAAUGUCAGCUGUUCUGGCGGAUCUGCUUCUGUCCUUGGGCCGGCCGGCUCCACCCCGCCUCUCGGGAUUCCGGGACAUCGGACCAUCCGGCUCCCACAGCGCCUUGUGCAGGUCGCUUCCUCCCAGCUGCCCGCGUCCUGUCCUGACUUGCCCUGUCCGAGGCCAAGUCUUACCUGGGACCUGGAAGAUUCCGGCCGUAGGCCCUGGGGGACCAGCGUUGAAGCCUGAGCUGUGCCCACGCCAGUGGGCUGGCCGCCGACCGGCUCUUUCCUGCCUGCCCUGCGGCAGCUCCAGAAGGGGGCGGGCCGGGGAAAGAAAGGGAAGGACAAGGUGGCCUGGGUCCCCUGGGUGUCCAGGAGCAACGUGGAUGGGGGGAGGGGCAGGGGCAGGAGGCUGGGCCCCCAGGGCAGGGCUGGGAGGACAUCCCCCUCCCCAGGGGACGGGGACGGCCUGUGUCUCCCUCCAGGUAACGCAGCUGCCAGCUGCCAGAGACGGAUGCUGAGACUCCCUGUGAAGUGGUCAGGCCCCCCCUGCAGGAGGGCCCCCCGGGGCUUCAGGGGGGGAGCAGAGGCAGCCCGAACGCCUGGCCAAGCAUGUCGAAGAGCGGCAGGUGUGUUCAGGCCGUGCGCGUGCCCAGCCUCCCGGUGACCAGAGGCCCCAGCCCUCCAUCUCCCCAGCCCCCUCCCCGGGCCUCGUGAGGCCCUGGGGGAAUCCCAGAGGUUGUCCUGCCUCUGAGCUGCUGUGAAUGCCAUUCCCUCUGCCUCCUCCCUCCCCUGGGACCCCCCAGGCCUUCUCCUCGGCCUGCUCCACCCCCACCGUCUGCCUCCUCCUGGCCGAGGGCCGGCUGCUGUCCAGACCCUGCCUCUCCCAGGCCGGCCCAGCCGGGAUCCUCCGCAGUGAGGAGCCUGCCCCCAACCCCCGUGCCCCCGAGGAAUCCAAUAAACCUUUGUGAA